GCAUGUGUCUCGACCUUUUGUCAUACUUUAACUGCUUACGUAGAAGGAAUCUGCCGCGAUGAAUACGCGAGUGAUCGUGUCUUUUAUUCUAGUCAGUAUAAACUAUUCUAGUUUAGGCGAGAUGGGGGCGUGCGCGAACUGUGCGAACGGUGAGCUUAGUGUCACUGAGCUGACGGAGGCUAGGAUAGAGUUUGUUAAGCAGCAGAUAUUGAAGAAGCUCAGGCUGAGUAGGAAGCCGACGGUGGCUGUGCCGGUUAACAGCUUACCGAUGCCCGUGGCGCAGGGGCAGACGCUGAGCCAGGGGUCCGACAAACCGCCGGAGUUCGAUGAUUAUUACGGACGGACGGAACAGAAGAUUAUAUUUCCAGUAGAAGGUGAAUGUCUUACGUCUGGACGGUAUCCGUUCACCUGUCUGCAGUUCGAGCUACCACCAGAUGUUGAGCCGGAAGAGGUCACCGUCGUCGAGUUGUGGUUUUAUAAGGAGCGUGAUCCUCUUGACGAAUACAAUCAAACCUUCGUUAUAUCGGAAGCAGCGCAUUGGGACAGCCAGCAACAGUUUAAAAAGACAAAACCAAUUGCAAUCAAGGAGACAGAUAUUGGGGAAGGUUGGGUGAGAGUUGAGCUAGCCUGGGCUGUGAGGGUCUGGCUCGAAGGGAGGGAGAGGUUGCAUACAUUACACGUGGCUUGUAGAACUUGUCAGCUACGCCGAGCUCCUCUCUCCUUCCACGAGAAACGCCGCCCCUUUUUGGUCUUAUAUACCAAGUAUGCGGGGAAACGACGUCGUGGCCGGACACUGGAGUGCGGAGCCACCACCAGUGAAUGUUGCAGGGAACCUCUAUACGUCAGCUUUAAGGAACUUGGAUGGGAUGACUGGAUCAUCAGACCUGCGGGCUACCACGCCUACUUUUGUAAAGGGACCUGUGCUCCUAUAUCAGCCGUGUCGCAGGCAGAUAGCUAUCACCAUAAUAUUAUCAGAAAAUAUUUCUACUCUGUAUCGAAUGAUAGGAAAGCCGAGUUCAAGCCAUGUUGUGCACCAACAACUUUCAGUUCACUGCAAUUACUCUACAUGGACUCGAAUAACACGGUGACGCAGAAGACUCUACCCAAUAUGGUGGUAGAAUCGUGCGGGUGUAUGUGAGAUGAAUCUAUUGACCUUAAAAUUUUAGGGAAUUUUGGAGGAUAAAAUAAAAUGGAACGAGAUGACCAGCUACUUGGUUGAAUACGUUGGUGUUGAGUCUCUUCAAAGCGCUUUAAACAUAAAUGUUGGUAUAUUUCUCCUCAGUGUGACAUAUGACAUAUAAUGAUUAGAAAAUAAUCAUAAUUGUAAU